AUGGCGUCCGAUAUGACUGCCCCGAUCCUGGACGCCCUGUCCACGUCCGAUGCGCCCCUCCUCUCCAACGAAGCCUUCCCCUCCACCCCCUCCUCCAACAUUAAAAGUGCGCUGGACCGCCUCGGCUCCCGACAGUUUAUCGAAUAUGAAACCAUUGACAGAGAUGUCUUCACUCUCUCCGCCGAGGGCGCUGAAAUUGCCGCCAAUGGCAGUCACGAGGCCAAGGUUUUCAACGCAGUCGUCGCCGCGCUCGACGGCCUCAAGAUCAGCGAAUUGCCCGGGAUUGUGGGGAAGGACAGCGCCAAGGUUGGCCAGGGUAAUGCUUUCAAGCGUGGCUGGGUCAAGAAGGACGCCGAUAAGCUGCGCGCUACCACCGAGUCAAUUGUCGACGAGACCCGCGAACUGCUGCUCACUGUCCAGCGCACAAAGGCUCUGACCGACAGCAAGGCCCUGGCCGAUCUCAAGCGAAGGAAACUUGUUGCCGUGACCAAGGAAAUUACAUACAAGUUCUCCAAGGGCCCCAAGUAUGCCCGCGAGUUCGUCAAGGAAGAAACCGAUCUCACUCCGGAGAUGAUUGCCAGCGGGUCCUGGAAGACCGCCGAGCUGAAGGCAUACAACUUCAACGCUAAGGGUGCCCACACCACCUCGGGCGCCUUGCACCCUCUUAACAAGGUUCGCACUGAGUUCCGCAACAUCUUCUUCGAGAUGGGCUUUGAGGAAAUGCCCACCAACCGCUACGUCGAGACUGGCUUCUGGAACUUCGACGCCCUCUUCGUCCCCCAGCAACACCCCGCCCGUGAUCUUCAAGACACCUUCUAUAUCGCCGACCCACUGGUCGCUGACGCCCCUCGCGAGGACCCCCCCGAGGACCCUCACCGUCUCAAGUCCCUCACUACAAACACCGACGCCAAGCCCCUCGACUAUAAGCAGUACUGGGAGAAUGUGCACGAGGUCCACGAGAAGGGCAAGUUCGGCUCCAUCGGCUACCGCUACCCAUGGAAUGCGGAUGAAACUCUGCGUCUUGUGCUCCGUACACACACUACCUCUGUCUCAGCUUAUGUGCUGCACCAGCUCGCUGCUAACCCGCGACCGGCCCGCUUCUUCUCCAUCGACCGUGUCUUCCGUAACGAGGCUGUUGAUGCUACUCACUUGGCGGAGUUCCACCAGAUUGAGGGUGUUAUUGCGGACUUUGGUCUCACCCUUGGUGGCCUGAUCGGCUUCAUGGAAGUCUUCUUUGCUAAGAUGGGUAUUCACCAGCUUCGCUUCAAGCCUGCAUACAACCCUUACACUGAGCCUAGUAUGGAGAUCUUCGGUUACCACGACGGUCUUGGCAAGUGGGUUGAGAUUGGUAAUAGUGGUAUGUUCCGACCUGAGAUGCUGGAGUCUAUGGGCAUUCCCAAGAACAUGCAGGUUUACGGUUGGGGUUUGAGUUUGGAGAGACCUACUAUGAUCAAGUACGGUGUCAACAACAUUCGUGAGCUCCUUGGUCACAAGGUUGACUUGAACUUCAUCGAGUCUAACCCUGCUGUUCGUCUGGAGAAGAACUAG